AUGGAUCCUGGUCGUGUCGUCGAGCAGGUCGUUCAUGAUCUCGCUCUGAGGGGCGAGAAAGGCUCCACGUUAGAGGAAUUCUGGGAGCUCGGACAGAGCAUAAUUGGACAGCCUCUCGACCAAGUUUUUCAGUCUGCUCUGUGGCGAUGGGUUACUGCAGAUAAACGCGUUCUUGUAACAAACCGGGAUGGAAUGCCUGUCUCUGUUUCAGACAUUAACAACCCUGAAUCGCUCAAAAUACAAGAUGAAAUUGUGGUCAAGACUGUCGAAGAGUAUCUAUGGCUAGCCCUCACAGGUCAGCAACAGGCUGAUAGCCCCAUUGGUGUAAUGGCUUUCAAACUCCUUUGCGCAGUCUGUAGGGCUCGUUCUGCUGGCAUGUCUGCAAUUGAGUUGAGUCGCGAAACUGGGCAGGAUCCCAGAAGCAUACACGGCAGAAUUGCACUUUUGGCUGACCAGGGCCUCGUGGUUCGUUACCCGGUUGUCCAAAACAAAGCUCAUACCCAUCUGAUCGUGCACAAACAAUAUGCUGAAAGAUAUCGCACGGAAAGAACAGAGUCAGGUGGUCAUAUUGAUAAGUUCCAGCUGCUGAAAUCCAUCUUGGAGUGGUGUAAGACAGGCCCAAAUGGGAUGCGGUUGAGGCAGGAUCUAUAUUUCCAAUUGCAGUUCGAUAAACUCCCGAGAGGUGGGCCCUUACUGCGCAAUUUACUGGCAAAGGGUGAAAAAGGUAACUACCUGGUUUGUAUGAAUGUCUACGAGUCUGAACGCCCAGACUCGCUUUACCGCUGUGUCAAGUACCUCAAAGAUCUUGAUGAGGAGGCAGAAGGUAGGGGUGAUGAGGAAGACGAGGAGGAAGACGAGGAAGAUGAUGAAGAGGAAAACGAGGAGGGUCCCAGUAUUGAAACUCCAGGUUACCAACCUGAUGUCGCCAAGGUCGUUGUUGCCUCGCAUGCCGUCGCUGACUCGGGCCCAAUAGCGAACCUAAUUUACCCUAUUGAGCACCAAAUCUACGAUCUUGUUCAAAAUUCUGGAUCAUUUGGCCUCCCUGCAAUGUCUUUAUAUCGUAAUUUGACUGGUGCAGCCUAUCAAAAGCCUAUCAGCCGGCUAUUGGACGGGUUGUUGGCCACGCCUACGGCUAAAAAGAAGGCCAUACCAAACGAACUAUCCUAUCUCGAUUUCGUCAGAGGCAUUGAUUUUGUUGCUAGGAUGAAGUUUUAUCGUUACUUCACCCAAAUCACGUACGCUCAAUUCGAAAAUCGUCCUGCAAACCCAUGUUGGGGUGUCUUCCCACCCAUGCCUUCAUCCGGGGCCUCGUCUUUACAAAUGUUGAGCUCGAAAGAGAGCACACCUCUCGUUGGAGGUGCCGUUAUAAUCGAAACAGAAAACAGCCAGCAGCUAUCUCAUUUCCAUGGAGAUAAAAAGCUAGAAGGAUCACGUAUUAUUUUAGCUGCAGCCACACCACCAGCCCAAGGGAAAGGAAGAGGUAGACCGCGCAAGAAUGCACCAAAACCUGUGAAUGAAGUGCCCAAAAUCCGAAAGUCACAAGACCAGGACAAGUUCGAUAUCUCCAAGAGGAACUGGAAAGGGGGAACACCCGGAUUCCCUCGCACACGUCUUCCAGCUGCCCUUCUGAGUUCAUUCCAUUCGCCGUCGAUUAACGAGCCAACUACAGAUAACAAAACUCACUCAGUGGUUUCCGAAUCGCCAGUUUCAGACGUUGUCACACAGACACCUGAACCAACUGUGCCAUCUUUGUCCAUUGCCGCGACAAAGCGUGAGGCCGACAUUUUAGCGCUUAUGGCUGCUGAUGGUGGUGCAUGUAUUGGUGGCUUGGCUUUGGCGAAACGAUUAGAGAAGACAGAGAGUAGUGCGUCCACCAUUGAUCGCAAAACUAUUGAAAAGUCUAUUGCUCGCUUGGUUGGCAGCGGAAAGAUAAAGCAGAUUUUUGUUACUGCACCAAUGCGGGGUAUUUUUGUCACACGCUAUAUUAUUCACGACCCUGCAAUUGAUGCUGGCGCGGAAAUAAUCACAAAACUAAAAGCGGAUCUCUCUGAGUCCAUUCAAAAUCCACCCAACGCUACUACACCUUCCAAGCUGCCUGCUCUCGUCGAAGGCGAUAUUUCGGCUCUAAGCUGUGGAAGCACACCGCGUAGGUUUCGUGUACUCGCUUCUGAAGUCAAAACAAAGGUUAACCGAAGAAAGUUUGGCCCUAAGGCUAGUGAUGUUGCAGCUGGUACUGCAAACACCAAUGAAGACAAUGCGAAAAUUACAAAAAUUUCCAAACCGGCUACUCCAAAACGUACUCGUACAGGCCGACUGUCGAGCAUGCUCACAACCAAGAAGCGUAAGCACGAAGAAACUCGGGAAGAAGAUGACCAGCCCGUUCAGAUUGACCCUGAGCGCUUAUACAGGUCAAUUGUGGUCUCGCGAUCUCUUUAUCCUCGAGGCGCUAAUAUUGAUUGGGAAAUGAUUGUAAGUGACAUCCCUGGACUUAGUGCCAGCCGAGCUAGAAAACGCUGGCCAGCGAUCCGUGACCAGUACGGUGGUACAAAGGCACUUUCAAAAGCUACGGAGCAAUGGGAACGACUGUUUUUAGCUGCCUACAGCCGCUCUGAAAUAGAGCUCCACGACCCGGAGAAGGAAGGCUUUAGCCUGCAGCCGUACGUUGAUUUCUGGAUUCAUCAUUCCGAAACUAGUUUGUUCGAUGAUGUGAAGGCUCUGACUACUCGUGCUGACUUCGAAGCAAGAUAUGGUACGAUACGAAGUCAGCCAGUAUCCAAUCCUCUAGAGGGCGUAUUCAACCUUCCAACUAUGGUUCGUGUUGAGGAGCUCAUAACAAACACGUCUUUCUCCGUACCUUCAGGAAGGUCUUUAAACAAGGUGACUGGAUGUGUCGAUUUCACUUCCGAUGAGCAGCUGGUAAGGGCUGUUAUCACGAGCGGCGACGAUCUAUCUCCAGAACGUGCAGCCGGUUUGUUGGGAGAGCUGGGCGAGGAACGCGUCAGCGAAGCAACAGAGGCUUUGGUUUCAAACAAAGUUAUCCACUACACCCCGCGUGAUCCUACAAAGGUACUGCCUGGAAGAAACUACACUCUCAGUGAGCGCGUGACCAAUGCUUUAUCAACUAAGUUAGACACGAGUUUUAGUCGAGAAGCUCGUGAAUUUGUGAAAAGUCUUGCAAACUCAUACCUUGUGCCUCCUACAGUUGAGGACUCGUCAAUUGCUGCGAUUCUCGAGUUGGCGAGCACGGACGGCCUGCACCUCCGUCGCUUGAACCAUACGACAGGCCGAUUAAUUAGUGAUUAUCGGUCUCGAAUGAUCGAAAAGCAGAAACUAGAUUUCGAAGUGGUUGUCGAGGUUUCAAGAUCUUUGAGAAAGCCACCUCCUCUCUACAGCGUUUACCCCGUGUCUAAGAAAUCCAACGAAAUCUACUUUUGGCAGUACUCUGAAUCUGCCUUCGAGGCGGUGGUCUCCAAAGUCUUACUUUUACUGGUGAUGCGGCCUUAUAUUACCCUUGAGCUCAUAGCUGCAAACUUGAAGGCAGUUCUCAGACUCAAUGAGGUCAAAGUCCUGGUGGAGUGGCUCCGCAACACAGGAAGGAUAGACGAAAAGCAUGGUGGCUACAUUGCUAACCUUUAUUGGUUCAGUUAGAGGAAUGCUGAAUUAUCCUAUCGUCAAAACAUAAUUAUUUAAACUUGAAAAUGGCGGCUCUUAAAGCAGAGCGAUAGCGGCAAUACCUGCGACCGCGACAUACAAACCAGCGGCGAGGCUAGAAGCGCCGUUGGCAGGAGUCACACCAGUGCCUUGCUCGACAGGGAGAGUGGCAACGGGAGCAGUAGCCUCAGGAGCAUGGGUCUUGGCGCCACCGUUGACCGUCAAAGUAGUUGCAGCAGUGACCUUGUGUGUGGUAGCCUCUUCCUUCUUGGUGAUAGUACAGGGGCAGUCAGUGACCGUCAAAGUAGUGGGUUCAGUGACGGUGUAGCACUUACCAUUUCCGGGGCACAAGGUGGUAGGCUCAGGGCAGUAGGUAGUAAUAGCAGUGACAACGGUAGUUGUAGUUUCCCUUUCCUCGGGGAUGGUGCAGGGGCAGUCAGUGACCGUCAA